CUUAAAUGAGAGGCGUUGUACAGUUCUUGUCACUGUCACGCGACUGUGUGCAAGCAAGAUAGCAGUUGAUUUGAGAAGCGUCCGGUUUGGCCUUGGAGUCUGCAUCAGUCUAGCUCGAGAUAGUGGCUCUAAGGUUUUGGCUCUGGUAGGUUGGCAUACAACAUCCAACAGGAAUUGUGGUUGACUGGUCUCUGUUUUAAUGUUUGAGUUUCGAAUUGAUGGCUCCAGCUACUACAAAGGAAAUAAUGCUUCAGAGCUUAGCACAAUUAUUACGGAAUUCUGGAGACUUGAUUCUGGAUGGUACUAGCACCUUGACCUUGUUCACUUCCACACUAGAGAUUCUCACCCAGAUUUUUGAACAGAACCUUUUACCACGAAAUCAGAACCAUGGCUUCAUUGCACUCUCAUCUCACCCUGCUGAAACUUCUGCCAUUCUUCAAGCCCAAUUCCUCUUUGACGUCUUGCAAAAAACUCUCUCAUUGAAGCUUAUUCAUGUUCCUGAUAACUGUUUGCCAGCCACUGUGAAAAUUUCCCCUUUCAAAUCUUUGCGACGUUUAGAGCUGAAGUGUGUUCCUUUACAUUGUCUGCGGGGCCUGCGGUGUGUCUAUUCACAGCUGGAAGCUUUGACGUGUUCCAAAUGUGUGACCUCUCUGAAAGAGAUUCUUUCUGCAUGUGGAGGGGACUUCAGUACUGCACUUCCUUGGCUGGAGUUACAGACAGUCAACUUCAGCUAUAACUCCAUUGCAACCUUAGAUGAUUCACUGCAAUUGUUGAAUGCCCUGAAGGCUCUGGAUCUUAGUCAUAACCUCAUUCAAGACUGUGAGAAUUACCUGACAGUGCUGACUGAGCUGGAAUACUUAAAUGUGGCCUAUAACUUUCUGCCUAAGGUGCCUGAUCUUGGGCUACACAGCCAGGCUAAACUGGUGACUCUGAUCCUCCGGUACAAUCAGCUUGAUAGCAUUCAUGAUGUGGAGCAGCUGACCAGCCUUCAGCAUUUGGAUGUUGCUUAUAACUUGCUCCUGGAGCACACUGUAUUAGCACCACUCUCUUUGCUGCACAACCUGAGAAGACUAAACCUGGAGGGGAAUCCCUUAUGGUUCCAUCAGAACCACCGGCCUGCUGCCAUAAUGCAUUUGUCUCCUAGGGCCAUUGCCUCCAAUUUCCUUCUUGAUGAAGAGCCACUAUCUGCCUCUGACCUUCGGCAUCACGCAAAACUGGACCAAGCUGUUGUUCAGCCACUGUAUGCAGCAGCCUUGGAGAGGGCCACAAUAGACCGCAGUGCCCUGGAAAGUUCUUGUGCUGCAGAUCAAAGUGAAAGCCAGUCUCCUGGAGAGAGCAAAUUGGCCAGACACCUGCAUCGAAGGAGAACUAAGGGGAAAGUUAAAGUGCGCCGGGCCAGCAUUUCAGAGCCCAGUGAUACAGAACAUGAGUCCAGAACGCUACCCCUGUCAGCAGGUAUAGUUCGGCAACACCAGGCGGAGAUGGAGCGCAUGGAUAGUUUCCGGGAUCGUUUUGGUGAACACUGGCUCCAGUAUAGGCGACACCUGGAAGCCAGUGGACAAGCAGGGCCUAUCACUCCCUCUGGCAGCCCCACAGUAGAAUAUCUAAGCAGCUCGGGUGGGACUUCUGAACAUAGCAAGAGCCCAGUACUGGAGCAGAAGACUCUUGAAGAUGCAGAAGGAAAAGAACCAGAACUGCUGCUGACUGAAGUUGGACCGGAAGGUCUCAAGGAAACAGUGGAAACAGAAGAGCUGGUGGCAACUAAUGAAGAUAAAGAUCAGGAGGAAAAACUGGAAGCAGUGGACCUCUGCCAGCCAGUGCUGGUAAGCCAGAUAGAAGAUGAUUGCGACCCAGAUCCAGACUGGAUCUUCCUGAGAAUCACUGCCCAGCAUGUGAUGGAGGUGGAACUGAAAGCAGCUAGGGUCCUGCACAAGCUGGAACUGCAAAGUCUUCAGAAAGUAGAGACUUCAGAUAUGCACUGGAGGAGGAUGGACCUGGAACGUGUGUUUCCUGUUCUUACGCUACAUUUCAGCUACAUCUGCAAGGACCGUCAGAAGCGUCGCUAUGUGAUACUGGAUGACCAGCCUGAACUGCGCGUACAGGACUUGCUCAGUGUGCUGGUACCCACUCUAGAGAAAAACAAAGAGAAGACCAGAGGUCAGGCAGAGGGAGGCCCGAAGCUCCAGUGCCUGAAAUGCAAACAGGAGUUUGCCGGGUGCCCGAUGCUUGGCUGGCAGAGUCCAGGCCCUGCUAAAGAGGCUGCAACUUUCUCUGAGCAAGACACUGCUGCUUCCAGCGAGCCCAUCAUCUGCCCCAGUUGCUCCAGUGACCAUGUGGUGAUCUUGCCGUGUGAGAGAUGUUCCAGCUCACCACUUUUCCCACAGGACUGCCUUGGUGAAAUUCAACAGGAGGCAGAGUCAGGAAAGUUCUAUAUCGGGGAAGACAACAAUUCCGAAAUGGGAACUGGUUCCAGUACCCAAAUUCAAGAGCUCAGCAGCGAACACAGCAGCAUGGCCCAUUCUAGCUCUCAGAGUUCUGAAGGGGCUGAUGCUAGCCGGAAGACUUUGAAUUCCAAGGGUCACUAUUCUUCCCUCAGCCACACAGACACCAAUGCAGGGAGCCUGAUGGGGAGCUAUCAUUACAGCACUUCCCGUGGUCCUACUCCUUCCCAGCUCUCCCUGAGUUCAGAGCAUGAAGAGCACUGGAACCUUAGCCCCCCUGACAACAGUAUAUUGGAUAUGCGGGACUUCUUUUCUGUGGACCAUCGAUUAAAGCUUUAUUUGGAUAUGGAGAUCUUUGGGAAGGCAGAAGAGUUCAAAUGCUUUGUCAAGGUAUCUAUAGUGAAAACUGGCCGGCUUGGGGAGUUCUUGGCACUCAUGGUGGUUUCAGAUGUCCAUCUUCAUGUGUUGGAGAUAAAAGGGGAGAUAAGGGGACAGCCAUCAGAUUGGCUGAAGAAGUGUGACCAUCACUGCCUGUCUGACCUUUCCUGCUUGGAAGUAGGGCUGUGCCAUCAGAGCUUGCAUAUGGCAUUUGUGAAUCCCUGUGCUUCCUAUACCCUGCUGUUUCGCAACCAGAGCCGUUGCAGAAGAUUUCUCCAGUGCCUGACAUAUCUCUCACAGGAAUUGCCAGCCAAAAGCAGAGAAAAGAUCCCAGAUGUUACUGUGGUGGAAAUGAACCCUCAGCAUCCAUUGUGGCCCUUGAUUGACAAGGACCUAGCAAGAGAAGCUGCAUGUGGCUCAACCAGACCCUUCUUCUACUUGUUGGCAUAUCUCAUCCAAGGGACUUCUGCCUUGCCUGUGACCUUGCUCAGCACCCGUAGUAACAUAUUGCUGGUGGAGGAAGAUUACCACUGCCAAAAAGGGGCAUCCUGCUCUAACUCAGACAGUGGUGUUGAGAAGGAGUCUAGCAACUACUUCCAGCUGAAAGAGAAUGAGCCAAUCAGUAGCAUCAUUGGUGUUAUACUUUACCGUUUUUCCCCUUCUGAUGUGAAGCUGCAGCUGUAUGAUGAGGUUCUAAAGGUAGAGAGCACUUGGCAUCUGCGAACAGAGUGUCCAGACCUGCUGGUUGAGCUGGUGGAGUGGCUGCGUGUUCCUUGGGAAGAGAUGUUCUCAAUUGCUCUCCGUAAGACGGUGCUUGAGGUGUUGGAGUGAGUGAAGGAAAAACUGACUGAAGUGCUUCUGUCCCUGUUGGAAUGGGAAGAAAGGGUUCGAGCCACAUCCUUGUCUCUGAUGCACGUCACCGAUUUUGAAUGUUGCUGCUGUUGGAAGUUCCAGCAACAUCUAAUACCUGCAACUGGAUAGUUCGCAUCUAUCCUUGGUUUUUGACAGCAUGAACUCAAGGCCUCCCAAGCGGCUUUGUAGGUCACUUCUUGGAGGGAAGGAGAGGCAAGCCUGCCACCCAUUCCUUCCUGUUGGACUGGAGGAGGUCUGGAGUGGCCCCAAGGCUAAUCCUAGAAUGUCUGCAACAGUUACAAUGUGCACUCGUCACUUUCUUUUAGGUGUCCACUGCUGGAGACGCUAAAGCAGGCCGUGUGGGGGGGGGGGGGUCAGUCAGUUUGGAUGGUGCACGUUGCUGGGCUGUGCUGAUUCAGAUAUAGGGACCUGUUGCUCUCACUGCAGCCUAGAAUGUUCUGGACUUCCUUGUUCAGUGACGUAGGCUCACAUUCCAGAUUGUUCCAGAAUAUAUGCCGGAAUUUGUGUCCCUGUGCUGGCAGAACUGUUUCUAGGGAUAAGUUGACUACUUGGGCAGGGGUUUAAGAACUUUCAUACACUUUCCCUGUGGAUGUGGAGGUUCUUGAGCACUCAGGGUAUGAGUCACUGGAAGCCAUAGCCUUCCUUGGGCAAGAUAAACAAUGGUCAUUUUUAAUUGAGACUUUUCUGGUGUUUAAUAAAAAUGUUCUUUUAAUUAA